AUGAUCUCUAUCUUUUUCAAGAGUUUGUUCUUAAUUCUUGGCUCUGUCGGCGGCAUUCUGGCAUUUGGAAUGGGAAUCAUCAAGGCAAUAGAUUACAUUGAAGACAGGGCAUAUGCAGCAAAGAAAUACAUUGCAACAAUAGUGCAGAUCAGCAUGGGCCUGCAUUUUGUUUUCUUGCUACGAGGCGUCUCUAUACUCCAUAUUUUGUUUAGCUUGUCUAUACAGUACUCUUUCUACUGCUUACUGGAGCUAUAUCCUCUUGUAAAAAUGGACAACCCAUACUUUAUAUAUGGAACAAUAGCAUCACUGAUCAAUCACUUUCUUGUGAUACGCAUGGUUUUUUCGAAGUCCAAGGUAUAUGGGCUGGAGAUCAUAUUCAGCUUUGCACUGAUAUGGAUAACGCCGUUCUGCUUCUUCCUGAGCUUGAGUGCAAAUGACGAGGCAUUGAUGAUCAAGGGGAAAAAAGCAUCUCCAACAAUGAUUGGAAAUAUCCUGAAGAAGUAUCUAUUUAAAGAAAGCAAAUAG